UUGAACGAAACACACUGAUCGAGCGAUCAAUCAAUCGAUCGGCGUUCCGCGCCAAACGCCAACAUAACGCCGUUUGCUGCUUCCAAGCGCCGACGUAAUGUUAUUAAGCUUAGGAAAUACAAAUACAUAUGCGCACAAUAACCACAUACUAUGCGGGCCGGGAAAACGUCCGAUUGUUUUCGGGCUGGCUUGUCGCGUCAUUUCCAAGCUUUGUCUGUCUUCCUGAUACUUUCAUCCUUGAAAGCAUAUUCUUCUGCCUGGUCGGGGCCUGACGUACAGAGGGUGCUCGCAGCGUUGCGCGCUCACGCGGCCGGCCCUGCUUGCCACGCGCUGUUCAAAGACGGCCUAAAUGUUGCUCGUUUAACAGAUAUCUCAGCACUACCACAUGUUCGGAUACUUCGACAAGUCGCCAUGGAGCCCCGACGGACGGCUCUUCCUGGCACACCGCAUCCCAACGUUCAACACGUCGCUUACCCCCGGCGACGGCAUGCAACUAAUUCUGUUGGAUUGGGAGAAAGCUUGCCGUACGGGCCAGCCCGAGAAGCACUGGCGCUGGCUGACUAACAGCAUGGCAUGGAACCACCAGCAGGGCGCGAUGGCGCAGUGGCUGGGGCCGAGAUCCGACGCCGUGAUCUUCAACGACCGUGGCGCGGGCUGCCGUACACCAUCAGCGGCGGCGGCGGCGGGGGUGCCGGAUGAGGACACCACGUGCUCGGUGGUGGUUGACGUGGCGACUGGCAACCGUACGGCGGUGUACGGCAUGCCCAUCUACUCCAUAAACUACGAGGGCAGCCUCGGUCUUGCCAUCAACCAGACCGCCAUGUUCCGGGUGCUCCGUGGCUUCGGUCACGUUACGCCCCACCCCGUGCCGCCCUCCCGGCUGCUCCCCUGCAGCGCCACAGACGGUAUCUGGCUGCUCAACCUCACCGCCAGCUGCAGUGGCGGCAGCGAGCGGCCGGAGACGCUGACGCAGACGCCGCCUCCACCGCGGCUCCUCGUGAGCCUGCGGCGGGCGUGGGAGGCGGGCGUGGCGGUGGGGCGUACGGAUGCCGUGACAGGGCAGCGGCACAAUGAUGUCGUGGAGGCGGGGGAGGUGGAAGCUAUCCUGAACGAGUGCAACCAUUGGAUCAACACGCCUCAGUUCAGCAAGGAGGGCGAGUACGUGGCGUUCAUAUACCGCUUCGGAGCUUGCAGGGGCAAGCCACGGCCCUGGUUCUGGCGGUCGUUCCAGUUCCUGUACCACAUGCGUACGGGCGAGCUAUGGCGCGUGCCGCUGGUGCACGUGUCGCACCAGGACUGGGGCUGGGGCGGCUCUUUCCUGGUGUCUGACAACUCAGGGUACUGGCAGGUGCGUUGGAAGCAGCCGGUUCUGCGGUGGGAGCCGGCUCAGCCGCGGCCGUGGGUGGGAGGCUUUGGCGUCCCCCAUCACCACCGCCACCAGCAGCAGGAGGCUGUGACGGACGCGGCUGCAGGACCCCAGGAGCGGCUGGGAGACGGCCACGCCAGUUACGGCCCCGGCGCUGGCCUGCGGUUCGUGCUGUCAGACACGUACCCGCACAAGUCGGGGCGCACUCUGUUUGUCGCCGACACACACUUUAACACCUCCGAGCUGCUGGGCCGCUUCGAGCGCUUCAACGAGGGCAACGCCAUCGGCGACCACCGAGUGGACCUGCACCCCAGGUGGGAUCGCACCGGCCGGCACGUGUCCUUUGACUCCACGCAUGAGGGAAGCCGCCAGGUGUACGUGGCACGGACCGCCUCUGUGCCCCGGCUCGCCAACCAUCCCGGAAAACGCAUUGUUGCGACAAGUAACCUGGGCGGCGAGGUGCCAUCCGGUGACGUCCGGGGGUCCGGUUUCCCCAGCCAAACCCGCACGCCGAGGAGGCCAGGAGACGUCGCCCCGAGAAAAAUGCAGAGCGGGAUACAGACUCCGCCACUUAAUGCAUAUGUUACAUGCAAUCUGUUGGAGCAAUAGCGCUUGACAGCAGGCUAAAACGUGCUCGUCGAGGCUCAAGUCGCGAAAUUGACCGAAGCCAACAUCCUACAUAGGCGUUGUUUUCGGGCUUCAUCAAUUGCCGUCAACACAACUGUAUGCAUGUGUGUAGUUAAGCUACUGUCUGGCCUGGUAUGGCGUGUCCUGGUAUGGCGUGUCCUUGCUGCGGCUAAGCACGGCUGCAACUCGUGGGGGGCGAAACGAAUGCAAGAGAUCGGAGGCCCGGCACCCAUUACCAACCCCCGGGCGCGCCGGAAUCCGUGGAGGGGAGGCGGGGACAGGCGCGGGGGGCGCCCCCGGCAUCGGCAGCGAGGGGCCGCGCGCGGACUCAGCUGCACGCGUUUAGGUGCGGAGAUAGAAUGGUGUGAAGUAUUUAAUGAUGGUGCUCGCCGAGCUUUGCAGGUGCCCGGGCGAGUUGCAGCUCGAGCGCGAUGGUCGCCCGCACCCAGCUCGCUAUAGAUUUGGAGCGAUUUAAAACGAUUAUGAGU